GCAAGAGGUAGCCUUGAUUUCCCAACGAACACAAAUCCGAGAAUCGGGAAGGGCGCAGCUGAAGGGCAAUCGGGUAGGAAGCAAUGCAGGGCCAGGCAGAAAGAGAUACUCAAGGCCCGUACAGACCCCCAAUGCUCCGGGGCCGCGCGGCGCGAGUACGGGCCGUAGGGAAAUGCUACAACGAGGGAAUUUGCCCUGACGAUGUGAACCUGGGCCAGGUUGUAGAAGACGCAGAGGGGCGGAGGUUUGUAGUGAAUAGGGACGUGGACGAAAUCAAGGAGCAGUGGCUCAAAGAGCGAACGGUCAUCAUGAUUUUUAGAGAUGAGGCGAGGCUAUUGUCCAGGAAGGUAAAAAAGGUUCUCAUCCGAGCUUACGAAGAUGGGUGGUACGCUCGAAAACUCUUCAACCCGGACAUCAAACGGGGGAGGGUGAGAUUCGAGGGACAGAACGUAAUAUCCUUCGUGGCGAAAGCCAGGAAAGUAGCAGAAUGGCUUGUGGGGGAGGGGGAAGCUGUACUGGAACUGCAAGGGAAGGAGUACCGAACGAUCUUCAAGCCAUGGAUGACUAAACAGGAGCUCAAGAACCUGCGCCUGCAAGAAGCUAACACGAACUUCUGGAUCAUAGCAUUGCGGGUACAACUAGAUGCUUACUACUACCUAAAAAGUGCGGUCACAAGCAUGUUCGGGGAGGUGGUCCACAUGCAUCCACCUGAAAUUGAUCCCACAAGGCCCAAACUAAUGAAUGUGAAGCUUGACAUGAGUCCGGAAGCACCCAAGACAUUGGCAAGGCGGCUUGGCAGAUAUCUGCCUGACCUGGUCGGGGGGGACCAGGGUGCCUUUGUACAAGGCAGAUCAAUCUUCAACAACAUCAUCACUGCUAUCGAAGUCCUGGAAGUGGUGCAAUCGGAGAAUCUGGAUAUGGCGGUCCUUCUCAUUGACCUAGAGAAGGCGUACGACAAGGUGGGGUGGCCUUUCGUCAUGGCGACACUGCGAAGGAUGGGAUUUGGAGCAGGAUUCUGCAAGUGUGAGAGAACUGGCAGAAGGAAUCCUCAUGGCAAUCCGCAGACUGGCUACAAGGUUCCUGUGGAACCCCAGGGCCAAGAACAGCGAGGGCUUCUUUGUGAAAGUGGCUUGGGAGACACUCACAUUCCCAAGAGAUCAGGGCGGCCUGGGCUUGAUGAACCCAGCCAGAAGAAACCAGGCCCAACUGCGAGUCUGGCUCAACAAGAUAGCUACAGCAGCUUCCAAGGAACACUGGGUAGAGCUGGCGGAGAGGAUACUGAUGGGUGAAUGGGGCCUGUCCAGACCAGAAGAUGUCUGGGUUUGUUUUUUCAUGGAAUCCUUCAGAAAAAGGAAGCUGAAGUCAACUUUCUGGAACUCAGUCAGAAAGGCCUGGAACAAACAGCCACCAGAUGU